UAAUUCCUCUCAGCUGAUGGGUUUUGCCAUUGUGUCCUAGUGCUGUGGCUGGGACAGGACUGUCAUUCUUUCAGUCAGAUCUUCAGCCAGUUCAGAGACAUUUGUCCUUAUCAAAUGCCAUGCUUCUCAGACAUGCAUUGAUCUCUUACUUGGAGGCAGGGCUGCAUUUAAAACAUUGCAACUAAAAACAGAUGUUAAGGCUCAUUUUUGACCAUACCUACACAAAUGCCAGUAAUUUUCUCCUUGAUAUCAUUAUCAGUGACAGACAUAUGAAGGUAGAAAUGAUCUGAGACUGUCCACAAAUAAUUGUGGAUAGAGAUUUGCAGUAAUGUGGAACCUCACCCACCUUUGCAUUUUGGGGCAUAUUACUCCUUUCUGCAGGUAAAAGUGAAUCUCACUGCAGUAUGAUCUGCUAAUGCACCUCCCUAUUCUUCAGAUAAUGGAAGCUUUUUGCCUACUGAAAAGUAUAGAGUGCUAGAAAACAAAGUAAGUUCCCAAGAACUUUAAAGGGUAUCUACCUGCAAAGAUUUUGCAGGAAGCCAGAACAGCAGGAUGGGCAGCAGAUUAAACAAAUUGUUCAAGUUAGGAAAUUUUGAAAUUGUAGGAUUCAGUUCAAUCUCACUGGGAGGCUUUGCUGAUUUUUCUUUUUUCCAGAUUAUUGUUUCCUAAUUUAAUUAAAUAAUUUAGUUGCUCAGUCUUUUUAGGUUCUGUCUAUCAAAGGAGAGAGACUCUUGUUCUUUAAACACCUUCUGAAGAGACUUACACAGGCUUGGGAGGCUCAGUCAGCCCCAUAAAUUUUUUGAGAUCCUUAAAGAUAACAGGAGCAUACUCAGACUCAUGAAUUUCUUAAUACUUGGGCAAGGAUUGAUUAAAAGCUGCAAUGGAAAAAUCUUGCAUGUUAGAAGCUUUUGUCUUUAAAUAAAAACAAUAUGUAGUUGUUCUGCAAAUCAAGAAACAGUAAUUCAAGGAAGUCAAGGGACUAAAGCAAGGGAUUGUUCAUGUUUCUACCCUUGAAGUAAUAUGGGGAAUUCAGUUAUACUGGUUAUCUGCCUUUUCUCUGCCUUGAUUCAGUGACAGCUUAGAGCAAAUUAAACCCAGCAGUCCACAGGCACAUGAAUGAUUCUCAGUUAGCUGAGUAUUAAGGAAUUCAUUUGAAUUCCAGUAAUAAAGAAGGAGGUAAGCAUUUUAUUAUUGUUUUUACCUGAUUUAAUUUGCACAUGGGGCAUAUACAGCUGGUACAAACUGGUCUUUUCAACAGACCAUUAUCAUUCAUCCUUGGAAAAGAAAAAGAAACCUUACAUAAAUUAUUCUGAGCAUCUGAGGCCAACUUGGGAAACUCUAGAAUUUCAUCACAGUCUGUCAGCUUUUCAAAACUUGGAUCUGGAUACAGUCACAUAGGGAGAAACAGAAUCCUCCAUUUAAUGCACAUUUGAAAGGUUCUGAAAGGUGUGUGAAUGCAAAAUGAAGCUGUUCUUCCUAAGUUGUUUGCUGGUUUCUUGCUGUUGCCAAGUUGGAGCGGUGAGCAGAGAGUACUAUAUCGGGAUUGUAGAGACAGUGUGGGACUAUGCACCUGGCAAUAAAAAUAUCGUAUCUGGACAGCUUUUUGCAGAAGAAGAGCAGGCUGAAGUCUUUCUCAAAAGAGGACCACGUAGGAUAGGAAGCAUUUAUAAGAAGGCUAUCUAUACUCAAUACACCAAUAAUUUAUAUGAUGUGGUAGUUGAGAAACCUGCCUGGCUGGGUUUUUUAGGCCCUAUCAUUAAGGGAGAAGUUGGAGAUUCCAUUAUUAUUCACUUGAAAAACUUCGCUUCCAGAAGCUACACAGUGCACCCACAUGGUGUAAAAUAUACCAAGGAAAAUGAAGGUGCUUUUUAUCCUGACAACACUACAGAUUUGCAAAAAAGAGAUGACGCUGUCAAGCCUGGAGACCAGUAUACUUACACAUGGGAUGUGACAGAAGAUCAAGGUCCAGCGAAUGGAGAUGCAGAUUGCAUAACCAGAGUUUAUCACUCCCACGUAGAUGCUCCAAGAGAUGUUGCCUCAGGGCUUGUUGGACCUUUAUUAAUUUGCAGGAAAGGUACCAUGAGUAAAAACAGUGAUAAACACUUUGAUGCUGAAUUUUUCCUCAUGUUCUCUGUGAUGGAUGAAAAUCUCAGUUGGUAUCUGGAGGAUAAUAUCAGGACAUACUGUUCUGAUCCUUCCAGUGUUCACAAAGAUGAUGAGGACUUUCAGGAAAGCAAUAAAAUGCACUCAAUCAACGGGUAUAUGUAUGGAUACCUCCCAGACCUCACAAUGUGUGUGGAAGAUAGGGUGAAAUGGCAUCUUUUUGGCAUGGGUAAUGAAGCUGAUAUCCACUCAGCCUAUUUUCAUGGCCAGACUUUAAUAGAAAGGAAUCACCGUGUCGACACUAUCAGCCUCUUCCCAGCCACCUUUAUUGAUGCUCUCAUGAUACCAAGGAGUCCUGGAGAAUGGCUGUUGAGCUGCCAAGUGAAUGACCAUAUCGAAGGUGGUAUGCAGGCCCUUUUUAAAGUAAGAGAGUGUAGGAAAUCCACAACAAAUCAUAAUGAGAGUACAAAAUUAAGACAGUACUUCAUUGCUGCUGAAGAAAUCAUCUGGAAUUAUGGCCCAUCUGCAAUGAACCAUUUUACAGGACAGGAAUUAAUUGCUGACAGUGAAUCUCAGAUAUUUUUUGAACAAAGUGAGACAAGAAUUGGUGGCUCUUACAAAAAAGCCAUUUACAAGGAAUACACAGAUCAUACCUUCACAGAACAUAAAAAGAGGCCCCCGGAGGAUGUACAUCUUGGACUCUUAGGACCUGUUAUCAAGGCAGAAGUGGGGGAGAGCAUCAGGGUGACUUUCCGAAACAACGCCAGCCGCCCAUUUAGCAUUCAGCCCCAUGGUGUGAGUUACCACAAGAGCAACGAGGGGGCAUUGUAUGGUACCUUCUCUGGAGGUACUGAAUCUCCAGCCUCUCAUGUGAGUCCUGGCACUACAUUUACAUAUGAAUGGAACGUGCCAGAAGAUGUGGGCCCUACAGACCAAGAUCCAGACUGUUUAACCUGGCUUUACUAUUCAGCUGUGGAUGCAGUCAGAGAUACCAGUUCUGGUCUUGUAGGUCCUCUCUUGGUGUGCAGGAAAGGAGCUCUACUCCCUUCUGGGAAACAGAAAAAUGUGAACAGAGAGUUUUUUCUGCUUGCCACAGUGUUUGAUGAGAAUCUCAGCUGGUACCUGGAUGACAAUAUUUUGAUGUUUACACUAAAUCCUAACAAAAUUGCCAAAGACGAUGAGGAUUUCCAAGAAUCAAACAAAAUGCACUCCAUUAAUGGUUACAUGUAUGGAAAUCAACCUGGCCUUGAGAUGUGUAAAGGAAAUGUGGUUUCCUGGCAUUUGAUGGGUGUUGGGUCAGAAGUCGAUAUCCAUGGAAUAUAUUUUUCAGAAAACACAUUCCUAACAAGAGGAACAAGACGGGAUACAGCAAAUCUGUUUCCACAUACUUUUCUUACAGCUAUUAUGAAGCCUGAUUGUGAAGGAGUUUUUGAAGUGUCAUGCGUGACAACGGAUCACUAUACAGGGGGCAUGAAACAGAAAUACAAAGUGAAACAAUGCCAUUGGUGGAAUGUGGACCCAUCGUUGUAUUUGCAUGAAAAAGCUUACUACAUUGCUGCAGUGGAAGUGGAAUGGGACUAUUCUCCUAACAGGACAUGGGAAUUUGAACGGCAUCAAUUUCAUGAAGAAAGCCCUGGCAAUCCAUUUUUAAAUAAAGAAGACAAAUUCAUUGGUUCAAAAUACAGAAAGGUCAUCUAUCGUGAGUACACUGAUCAGACAUUCAGAAUUCCCAAAAAGAGAGCUGAGGAGCAGCAGCAUCUGGGAAUUCAAGGACCAUUGCUUAUGUCAAAUAUUGGAGAUAAAAUUGUAAUAGUUUUUAAGAACUUGGCAUCACGACCUUAUUCUAUACAUGCCCAUGGAGUGAAAACAGACAGUUCUGUUGUUGCUGUAACUAACCCAGGUGAAACAAAAAUGUACAUCUGGAAAAUCCCUGAGAGAUCCAGUUCUGGGAAAGGAGAUCCACAUUGUAUUGCCUGGGCAUACCAUUCAACUGUGGACAUCAUCAAGGACACUUACAGUGGAUUAAUAGGCACACUUGUUGUGUGUCAUAGACAUUAUUUGCCAUCAUUUCAUGCUAAAAAGAAAGUUCAAUUUGCUCUUCUUUUUAUGGUUUUUGAUGAGAAUGAGUCAUGGUACUUGGAUGAAAAUAUUAAAACCUACUCUACUAACCCACACCUUGUAGACAAAGAAGAUGAGGAAUUCCUUGAAAGUAAUAAAAUGCAUGCCAUUAAUGGAAGAGUCUUUGGGAACUUGCAUGGUCUGACUAUGCAUGUUGGGGAUAAAGUAAAUUGGUAUUUGAUAGGAAUGGGCAAUGAAGUAGAUAUUCACACAGCACACUUCCAUGGCCACAGCUUUGAUUAUAAGCAAACAGGAGUUUACCGGGCAGAUGUGUUUGACCUGUUCCCUGGGGCAUUUCAGACUGUGGAAAUGAUCCCGCAGAAUCCUGGAACCUGGUUAUUACACUGUCAUGUUACUGAUCACAUCCAUGCGGGUAUGGAAACAACCUACACAGUGCUCCCAAAGGAAGACGGUCAGUCUUUUUUCCCCCAAGAUCAUUCAUUCAGUCAAAGAGUAGUGGUACAGCAGGCACACUAGAAUGAAGAAGCCAAUUUACCGCAGUGAUUCUCUGAGGUCUAUCUUCAGUGAAGCAUUUCUUGAGAAAUACUAUCUCCUGGAUGUCAGUUUUUGAAGAUUUCAUUUGGUGGCCCACUGCUAACAAAAGGACCAUGGACUGAGACAGUCGCAUGGAUAUAACAGUUUUAGGGAUAUAUGCUUGUAAGUAACAUUUUCCUUAGAUAAAAAUUGUAUCUUGCCAGCUAAUUAGCACGUUCUAAGUGAUUCCUGAUGUGUGUUAUUUAACUGCUGAGGAAUUAGCAUAUAUGCAAAUAAUAUGGAAAAACCAAAUAAAAUGUAUGUUCCUCUUUUUAAUUUUGUAAAUAAAAUAAACCUGUGUGGCAGCAAAA